AUGACGUCCAUAACAAGUACGAAACCAGCGGUCGACGACGUGCGCCCGGAGAUGGCCGAGGACAGGUCGCCCAUGUUGAAGUUUCCAGUCUCACCGGGUUGUUUCCACGCGAGCGAGUCCAAGCGCCUCGAGUUGGCAGCGAUUGUCCACGAGCACGUGCGUCGCUUACUCGCAAGUGAAAAGGUCUACGACGACCGGCGGGCCCAGUUGCUGCCACUGCUGGACCCAUUGCGAUGGAAACAGAUUCAAGCGGGGAAAGAGGUGCAGCUGUACAAGCGAAAGCGACGAGGCCAGACGGUGCGUGACUUGGCGAGCGAGGAAUGCCUCCCGGACGUUCGGCAGGCCGUGGAGAACGGAUACGCGAGCAUGAUUGGCGAUGGACAGGUACACGGGUCGAUGGAGGACAUGCUGUAUGGCUCGACUGCUUCGUCGCAGGACGAGUUGAUGACGAGUUUGUGGUACCAAAACCCUCCGCGCGACUGCGUCUGGUUAGGCUCUGCGGAAGGACCGACGCCAGACGACCCGUUCCACUCGGCCGACGUGAUCUGGUUGUUCCCGAAACAGACGUACCAUGCCGACCUGUGCUACCUCCGAGCCACUGGCAUCCAGAAAGACCACAAUGGACAGACGUUUGGCUACUUGGUGCUCCAUUCGAUCGACUUGCCCCACUGCCGUCCGUUCGACGCUCGCAACAUUGCGCGCGCCAAGAUCUACUUUGCGUGCUUGUUCCGCGAGCCGUCGCCAGGGGCUCUGCAUGUGACCGUGCGCGGCAUCUUUGACUUGGGAAGCAGUCGUGGCAAACUCGCCAAGACAUUUGUGACGGCGGCGACCAAAUCGUUUCUGCUUGGGCUCUUUGACGGCGUUGCCAUCGGUUUGGCCAAGAAGCUCACGAUCAUGACGCGCCGCAAUCCCCACGCGCUCCGAAGACCAAAGCAGCUGGGCUGCGCGAUCUGCUUGAAGACCCAGCGCAGACUGCUCUUUGGCUUGGACACGCACUUGCUCCAGUGCGGCGUGUGCGGCGCCACGGUGUGCUCCAGUUGCAUGGCCAGUGCCAAGCAGAUCCUCUUUCUCGGCCCAGACGCGCCGUGCUCGAAGCACGCGUGCUGCUUGACGUGCAUGCGGGACGCCAGACGGAUGGGCGGCGUUCGUCCAGACGCGCCGGAGUUUCAGGUCAUUGCCGAGUACUUUCGCACGCAGCGAUCCCACACGGCGGCUGCCUUGUUCAGUCCCGUUCGAUCGCUGUCGUCGUCGUCGUCGUACACGUCGUACACGUCGUACCCACUCGACACUCUGACCCGCACACGUGGUAGUCGUGGGUACCCAUGUGCGAUGAAAAGCACGAAGCUGACCGAUGACAAGCGCACCCACUCGACAGCGGCCGAUAGCAUCGACACGGACUUGUUCUCGGACGAGCUCGACGAAGCCGACCAUUGCUGCAGCGACGACGAGUCCGACAGCUCCGUUAUGGCGCAACCCGAUCCCAGUCCAGUCAGCCUGUCGAGCGAGUCGGAGCAGAGCACGCUCACGGUCUGGAAGACGCACAGUCCCGUGGUCGACGACGACUUUGUACCUCGUCCAGACACCCACACGCGCUCGGACCUCGAGGGGUUCCGCCGCACGCUCUUCCAGCUCACCCUCAAGGCCCAGCACACGUACCUGCAGACCCAGGCGACCACACGCAGUCUGCGUAAUGCAGAGCUCGACUAG